GAUUGAGUUAGGUACGUGCUGAUGCCUGCCCUAUAAAAGAACGCAUCUCUUCAAGGUAAACAAACCCAGUAGAAACACUAUUUUUCAUUCCCAUCUUCAAGCAACAUUUUCAUCAUUUCUUGGUAACCAUGGCAAGAAAGAAGGUGAAAUUGGCCUACAUCACUGAUGACAGUGCUCGCAAAGCGACAUUCAAGAAGAGGAAGAAGGGUCUUAUGAAGAAGGUGAGUGAACUCUCCACUCUUUGUGAUGUUAAUGCUUGUGCUAUAAUCUACAGCCCCUAUGACUCCCAACCAGAGGUCUGGCCUUCCCCACAGGGAGUUCAAAGCGUCCUUGCACGAUUCAAUAGCAUGCCUUCCAUGGACCAAAGCAAGAAGAUGUUUAACCAAGAUACCUAUCUGAGAGAAAGGAUUGGGAAAGUUCAAGAGCAGCUCAAGAACCAGAAGAAGGAAAAUCGAAAGAAGGAGAUUGAGCGUGUCAUGUUCCAGAGCCUCACAGGAAAGUCCCUCCAGGGCUUGAUGCAUAUGGACUUGAAGGAUCUGGACAGGACCAUUGACCAGCAUUUGGAGCAGAUACAAAGCAGGGUGAAGAGUAUCACGGAGGAGGCUUUGAAGAAUCAGAGCCAGGAGCAAGGAGCCUCAGUCGCAGCAGAUCAUAAACCGGAUCAUGUUAUUAAAAGGCUGACGAUCUAG